GUGUACUGUAGGCCCUACUUGUGUUGUUGUGUGUGUGUGGGUCGCCUCUAGGCAAGGAGACCAAGUUGUGAGUGGUGUGUUGAAUGUUCAUGUCGUAGAACUGGACAUGAAAACAAAAACAUGGUGAAACGGAAUACUUUACAAGAGAGUAGUUACUUUUAGGUUAGGACAGUUUUGACGGAAUUAUGGAAUCUACCACGGAUGCAGCAAUUAUUGGCCCGUAUAAAGCUACUCGACUGUGGAACGAUGUCAUCUCAGCUUUUCGCCAGUACUUGCCUACUGGGCGCCACAGGCGUUACAUGAAAACCUUUGAGAAUUGUUUCUCAGGCUCAUCUGCUGCUGACUGGCUCCUUCAGUAUUUGAAGACAAAUGAGUGCUUUGGGUCUGAUAUAUCCAGGCAAAAGUCUUUGCUUCUGUUAAACAAGUUGUACAAAGCUGGAAUUUUUGAAGAAGUGAAAGUGUCGAGAAACAUGCGCCACAAGCAAGAUGUUCAGGAAAACAGACUGUACAGAUUUUUACCUAUUUCGCCUUCUAAGAUCAAAAUACCCAGGCUUCCUCUGGCUCCACGGAAUGACACAGGGAUGAACCUCCGCGAAGUGAAGAGCUUGCCUGUGAAACCACUCAGUAAUAAACCCCCUGCAGACAAGCAAAUCGGCAAUGAGGAAAAUCCACCAAAGAAAACCCAUAACAAACUUUCCAGGAAAAUAUCGUUUAAAAAAGAUAAAGUUCCAUUGAAAGAACCGGAUAUUGUUGAAGAAAAAGAGAGUGUUCCUCAAUGUCAUCUCAUGAAAAGAAUACUGACAACAAAGGAGAUUAAAGAUACCUGGAAAGCUGUUUACUUAUAUAGACUUCGCAAGAGCCUGAGCGUUACAGAAUUGGGUGACAUUCUCCAGACAGACUUGGUGGAUGGUUACUACGUAAUGCACAACUGUAUCUACCUGAACAAGAGCGGAGUUGUCACUAACAUACAGCCAGAUGACCAACUACCCCACUGGGUCAUGUCAGCAAUGAAAUGUCUUGCCAGAUGGCCAGAGCCUCCUGAGCCAGGUCUGCCCAACUAUCCAGGAUUUGAGAAAGAUGUCUUCAAUGUGGUCAGAGACUACUUCUUGGGUCUUGAAGAGCCAUUGGUGCCUUUUGUGCUUUAUGAAGUUAUCACAAAUGUGUUUGUAAUGGCUGGCAACCACCUUGCAGGCACCUCUGGUUCUCCUCGGGAAGAUGAGGAAACUGACUGCCCAGUGCCCAGUUUGUGGACAUCUGCUUCUUUGGAGAACAUCAUUUUGAACCUGACCAAAAAGUAUUGCACACUGGACAGCUCAGACCAGCGUCACAGCGCUUUCUCCUUGGAAGAUUUACAACACUCCAGCAAUGUUCAUGGACUCACGUUUGGAAACCAGGAAGAUCUGCGCUUUGCUGAUCAUGUAGAUCAUACCUACAGAGAUUACAACCUCAGUGCAUAUCCCAGCACAGAUGGAAUGGACAAACUGGCUCAGAGUCGCAAAAAGUUAAAUCCGUUUUUUAGUGGACUGUCGUUUGAUUUGGGUACGCAAGAGUCAUGUCCAAGUCUUCCUACUAUGUCAGUUGUUGAUGGACCUCGUGUUCUGUCAAGAACCACACACUCGGCCGGAGAAGUUCUUCCUAAUGGAAUUGGUUUGUUAAAAAAGGCAGGUCGCAGGUUUGACUCAACUCCCAAUUUGAAAGUGUCAAGGUAUGAGACAGCUUUUGGCCCAGACAACAAAACAGUGACCCGUGUUUAUUUUCAAAAAGGUGUCUCCACGGAGAGAUUGGAUUCUCAGAGGGAGGAAGAAAGUUCUGCCAGUCAAAAGGAGACAUGUUUUGAUGCAUACCUUGACGAUGAAGCGCUGUGUCCGGAGGUGAAUCUGGAGCGAGGUCAGUCUUGUGAGUGUAUUGCAGCAAUCAGCGCAGGCUCGCCUCUGGACAGAAAUACACUUCCCAGGCCUUCUCUGGGCCGAAGUAAAUCUUUUGCAGAUGUGAAGGUCACACCGUCUCGAGGUGACAGAAGUGUUGAUGCACAGGCUUUUAUUCCUCCUAAUGGUCUUCCUUUGAAAUCGAGAAAGGACCGGAAUCAUAGCUCCAGCUUCUAUGACAGUAGUGACAGCAUUUGUCCAAAUUUCCGAGAAAGCUCAAACCAGGUGAGCAUGGGCUAUGGAGAAGCUGCUAGUUUUGAACAGGAUCAAAUGAAUGUUGCAUCACACUGUGGCAAAUCUCGGUCUUUCCUUGAAGCGAGUGAGCGCAGUGGCCCUUCUCUAACCACUAGGUCCAACAGUUUUGCGGUGGGCGACCAUACCCGUGGUCAGAAGUAUAGUGAGAAUACUCGAAGAAGUGGAAACAGGUUUUCUGCUUACAUUGAUCAGCCAGCAUCUUCUCCCUUGAGAGACAUCCUAGAAGAUGUUCCUAGCUUUGGACCCGGCUACCGGCCGGUACUAGACCGCUCCAAGGAAGGUAGACCCAGCAGUAUGUCUGAUGCUUAUCCGCUGCAUCAAGCCCCAACUAGACGACACCUUCCUCGUUCUCAAUUCUCAGCAGAAGACCAAGUGACGUCGACUCCUCUUGAUCAUUAUCACCUAAGCAACCCUGCUAAGCGUCAUGGAUUUACCAGUUCCCUUGAGAAUAUCACACCUUUUUUCGGUACAAGUCAAAGACAUGGCAAUCUGACUUCUGGAAAAGCUUACCUGAACUUUCCCCAAACUCGCCUUUCGGAGAGUCGGGCAAAGAAUUCCCUGCAGCUGAUCACCUUACUUCUGCCUCCUGCUAACAGAAGAAAACUGCACAUGCUCUUCAAGAUGAUGGUGAAAAUGACAGCGAAUCCCAACCUUUGCCUUGAUCCAACUCAGACCACACGCAGUCUGGUGCUGGGCACAUUCUAUCGAGCGAUUGUGCGGCCACAGGAUGAGAACAAUUUCGACGAGUUUGUUGUGCUUCAGCUGGUGUCCUUCAUGCUGGACUUCUUUGACGAAAUCUUUGCUCCACCAUCGGAGAUGAAGUCUCAAGUCAGUGACAGACUCAAAGUGUUGCAAAGGCCACAGGUGGUGUACUCUCCGAGGCCUGUGACAAGGUUUUGCCAACAGACCAGCCUGGCUGAUUUCGAAAAUCAAAGCAAAUCCUCAUCGCUCUCCGCACUCGAGGGGCUUUUGGAGAGGAUUGUGGCAGAUAAAAGCAUGAACUUGAAAGAGAAGAGGAGGAGGCUGAAGCAAUUUCAGAGGACAUACCCCACCAUCUACACCAGACGCUUCCCCACUCCAGAGUUGGAAGCCCAAGUACUCCCACCAAGGCCAAAAUUCAAACAACCUCUGCUCGUGAAACCUUUGACCAAGCUGAAAGGCUUACGACUUUGAGCUCAUCAGAAGCUUACAUGUUAAUAAUGUUAUUAUAGCAUGGCUGAUAUGGGUUCCUCUAUGUAAAUUUCUGUUAACUUUGGGAGGUCAUUGUCGAUAAUUUUACAGGGCAUUAUCAUAUACAUUUGUGGUUUUGUGUUAGCACAUUACACCCUUAAGGUCUGGACAGGAAGUCUACCCGUAGAUCCUAAGCAAAGGGAAGGAACCCCCACCUCCCAUGAAUACACGCAUUUCAAAAACACAUUUUAAAAAUACUAAACAAAUCUAUACAAAUUUCAAUAAUCCUGAAAAAAUAAAA